UCUUCUCUCAUCAAGACUCUUGUAUUUUUGGGGUUUCGAGUUUCAACCAUGCCCUUGUGAUUUUUACCAGGGAAAUCGAGCAAAAACCAGGGUUUUUUGACCAUGGGUAUUUGCUGUUCUUCAAAUAAUCAAGCUUCUAGCGCCACUCCCAAUCCCAGCUCAGUGGCAGGGAUUUCACAGACAACCACCACCAGCAACGGCACUAGUUCAUUAUUGUCGGUGGUUAGUAGCAAUGUCUCUGGGAACAGCCAGUUUUCAUCAGCAAGCAGCGGUGAUGAUGUUGGGCCUGGCGGCCAGAUCUUGCCUCAUCCCAAUCUCAAGAUAUAUAGCUUUGCUGAACUCAAAUCUGCUACGAAAAACUUCCGAAACGACACAGUUUUAGGUGAAGGUGGUUUUGGGAAGGUUCAUAAAGGCUGGCUUGAAGAGAAGUCCGGUUCAAAACACAAUGGAAGUGGUUCUGUUAUUGCUGUCAAGAAGUUGAAUUCUGAAAGUAUGCAAGGAUUCGAAGAAUGGCAGGCUGAGGUGAACUUUCUAGGAAGGCUUUCGCAUCCGAACCUUGUGAAGCUUCUGGGAUACUGUUAUGAGGGCAAAGAGCUUCUACUUGUGUAUGAAUUCAUGCAAAAAGGCAGCUUAGAGAACCACCUUUUCGGAAGAGGGUCAACCGUUCAACCGCUUCCAUGGGAUUUACGGCUUAAGAUUUUGAUAGGAGCUGCUCGAGGCCUGGCGUUUUUGCAUGCGUUGGAGAGACAAGUUAUUUAUAGAGACUUCAAAGCAUCAAACAUAUUGCUUGACGGGUCAUAUAAUGCCAAGCUAUCAGAUUUUGGGCUCGCUAAAAUGGCAUCGGCUAGUCAAUCGCACGUGACAACGCGGGUCAUGGGUACUUAUGGCUAUGCUGCUCCCGAGUAUGUUACCACAGGGCAUUUGUAUGUUAAGAGCGACGUCUAUGGUUUUGGUGUUGUGUUGGUCGAGAUGCUAACGGGCAUGCGGACACUUGACCCAAAUCGCCCGGUUCCCCAACGUAACCUGGUGGAUUGGGUGAAGCCGAUGUUAGCCAACCGUAGGAAGUUGAAGAACAUAAUGGACUCACGGCUCGAAGGAAGAUAUCCUUCAAAAGCCACGGGCCGCAUUGCCCAAUUGGCCUUCACGUGUCUUGAAACCGAGCCAAAAAGCCGUCCAUCGAUGAAAGAAGUGGUGGAAACGCUAGAACGACUCGAUGCGAUCAACGAAAAGCCAAAGGUGCCGAGAACACAAAAUUCCAAUCGUAACUCGUCAAAUCGAUAUGGCCUACAACCUUUGCAUCAUCGUUCUCCGCUCCACGUCAAGCAAGAUGUAGAUGAAGGGAGCAAACACUUGCCGAAAGGAUCGUGAUAAAGUGUCGAUAUCAGAUUUAUUGUCGUUGUUGUUAUUGUUAUUGUUAUUGCUGUUAUUAUCUAAUUUUGGAUUUUGACAUAGAUAAGUUUUUUGUAUGUUGUAUAAUUUUUGUAAAAGUUUGAUCUUUUGUCUAAACUAUAUCAACAAUUUCUUCAAGACAUAUUCACAUUUACUAUUUUCGUCCCUA